UUUCAACAAAAUUGUAUCUUAAUAAUCUUGGAUUUAAAGAAUUAUAUUUUUCAAAUUUUUAUGUGUGAGUGCUUCUAAUUUUUUUUUGUAUAAGUGUAAUUAAUAAGAAGUUUUUAAUUGGUCCUCAUUAAUGAAUAUGGAUCAAAUAAUGCCCCCUAGUACUGGUGUUUUUUAUGUGUAAAUAAACGUUAGUUUAAACCAUUCUUUUACGAUUUCCUCAGCCAAUUUGGCAGAAUAAAAUUUCAUAAUUAUAGUGAAAUUUAAGAUUAUAAAACUUAAUAUGAGUUUUAACAUGAAAAUGCUUACAUUUUUAUUUUGUAUGAUUACAACAAUGGUGCUUCCGUGUAUCUGUGAUGUGCUCAAUGAUCCCAAUUAUAGUUCAUCUAAAAUACGCAAAACAUCAGAAUCUGUAGAUCCUAAUAAUGUUAAUGAUUCAUGUAAUGAUGAUAUUGCAUGUUUAACAAUGGCUACUCAAGAUAGAAUUGGGCUAGAAGCAAUCAGAUCGCUACAUCGUCAGCUUGAUGAUGAUGCUGAUGGAGCAAUUGAUCUUUCUGAAUCAGUAGAUUUUUUGCGGGAAGAAUUAAAAUAUGAAAAUGGCGCUGAAAAACGUCAAAAAGCUUUCCAUCAAAAUGAUGAUAUGUAUAUUUCAGUUAAAGAUCUAUGGGAUGCUUGGGUAAAAUCUGAGGUUCAUAAUUGGACUGUUGAACAAACUAGUGAAUGGUUAUCUACUUCUGUCGAGUUACCUCAAUAUGUUCCAAUAUUUAUUAAAUAUAGAGUAACAGGGGCUCAUCUUCCUAGGUUAGCAGUUAGUAAUAUGCAAUUUUUAAGCAAUGUUUUGGGAAUUAAAGAUCCAAUUCAUAAACAGAAAAUUGCUCUUAAGGCUAUGGACGUAGUAUUGUUUGGCCCUCCAAAAGAACCUGUAACUCAUGUUAAAGAUAUUAUACUCAUUACAUUAUUAUUGGGAGCAUUGAUUGGGUGUUGGUAUGCAUACAACCAAAAUAAAAGUUCUACUCGUCAUUUAAAACGAAUGAUGAAAGAUAUGGAAAGUUUACAAAAGGCAGAAAAUGCUCUUGAAGAUUUACAAAAAGAAUUGGAAAAAGCUAAACAAGAACAAGAGUAUGUUUAUUCUGAAAAAGCUAAUUUAGAAAAAAAAUUACAAGAACAACAAACAAAAGAUGAUAAUUCCUCAACUUUAAAAUCUUCAUACUCUGAUGUUGAAAUUUCUCAACUAAAGAAUGAAAUUGAAAUGUUACGUGGAGAGUUAGCUAGAGCUGAAGGAGAAUUAGAUGAUCGUUGUUGGACACCACCACAUGGAUUGCAGCAAUGGUUACAAUUAACACAUGAAAUUGAAAAUAAAUCUUAUAUAAAGAAAAAAAUUAGUGCUGAGAAACAGUUACAACAAGCUAGAGAAGCUUGUGAAAAAUUACGUAAAAAACGAUCAAGUUUAGUAGGUGUAUUUGUGUCAACACAUGGAAAAUCAAUUGAUGAUGUUGAUCGAAGUAUAGUAGAAGCUAGAACCUCAUUAAAUGAAGUCACACAUGAAUUGGCUGAAAGAGUACAUAGAUGGAAGCAGAUAGAAACAAUGUGUGGAUUUAACAUUAUUAAUAACAAUGGGUUAUCAUAUUUAGAAAAUGUACUUUAUAGAAAUGUACCAAAUGGAAGAAAUUUCUCAUUAAGAGGCCGUAUGAGCAGCCAAGAUGAUCUUGAAGAUGAUUCUAGCCAAUAUUCAAUAUGUGUUGGUCCAGGGACAUCGUAUCAAGACCUUGGUGUUUGUGAAAAUACAGAACAAUGGCGAGAAGGCAACCAGGAAUCUUCAGAGAGCGAACAACUAGACUGCGAAGAAAUAGAUCAACCAAUCCAUUCUUUGGGUACAAGAGUUUCUUUCACCCCCAACGAAGAAGACUAUAACAUCAAAUUAUCUUCUCAGUUAGUUCAGUCAUCUGAAAAAUAUUCAAAACAAAUACCUGAAGAUGAGGAUAAAACAUCAUUUGAACAAUUUAAUGUUCCUGGUACAUUCCGUCAUUCCAAUUCAGAAUCAAGUGUAGAUCAAAAACAACAAAAAAUAUCAAAAUUAACAAUCCAAGUAGAUAGAAAUGGACCUGAAACCUUAACUACCAAUGAAGCUCCUGUAAAACGAAUCAAACGCCAUAAACUAUUUCCUAUAUUUUUGUCAGCUAAAAGUAAAGUAACAAAAUUCUCUCAGAAUUCUAAUAUGUCCCUUACUAAUAAUGACAAAUUUGGUGUAGUUAUUAUUUUUAACUUCCUCAUUAAAAUGUCUACUGAAAAUGAUGCUGUAGAAUCAUCAUCUUCAAGUUCUGAUAUGGAACAAGAUGAUUGUCCUUCACAACUUAAAUCUGGUUUUAGAGGUGAAGGAGAAGACAUUAUACCAAACCUACCUCCAGCAGUCAAAAAACGAGUUAAAGCCUUAAAAAAAUUAUUAGUAGCUCAAACUGCAGUUGACACAAAAUUUUAUACUGAACUUCAUGUCCUAGAGUGCAAGUAUCAUAAAGAGUAUGUCAACUUUUACAAUAAGAGAAGUGAAAUUGUUCAAGGUUGUUAUGAACCUAAUGAAGAAGAGUGUGAUUUUCCUUCAGACGAAGAAGAGGAUAUUAAAGAACUCUCGGCUAACAUGGAAGGAAAAGCUAAAUUGGAAGAAAUUAAACAGGAAAAUGUGGAUGAUGAAAAUAUUAAAGGUAUUCCAGACUUUUGGUUAACUAUUUUAAAAAACACAAGUCUAAUUAGUGAAAUGAUACAACCUCAUGAUGAACCCAUUUUGAGUCAUUUGUCUGAUAUCAAAGUUUAUUUGUUAGAAGAACCUAUGGGUUUUGCAUUAGAAUUUCAUUUUACACCAAAUGAAUGGUUUACUAACACUGUGUUAACUAAAGAAUAUGAAAUGAAAUGUGUGCCUGAUAAAAAUAACCCUUUAAGUUUUGAAGGACCAGAAAUAUAUAAGUGCAAAGGAUGUACUAUUCAUUGGAACAAAGGAAAAAAUGUUACUGUUAAGGUUGUUAAAAAAAAACAAAAGCACAAAGUUAAGGGUGCUGUUAGAUUUGUCAACAAAACUGUUCAAAAUGUAUCAUUUUUCCAUUUCUUUAGUCCACCUGCAGUUCCUGAUGAUCCCGAAACAGAAGUUGAUGAAGAAAUUGAUAACUUGUUAACUACAGAUUUUGAAAUUGGGCAUUAUAUACGUGAAAGAAUUAUCCCAAGAGCGGUUCUUUAUUAUACUGGGGAAGCUUUACUAGAAGAAAAUGACUUUGAUGAAGAUGAUGAAGAAGAAGAGUCAGAAAAUGAUGAUGACGACGACGACGAUGAUGAUGAAGAUGAAUGUACGGGUAAUGAUCCAGAAUAUAAUCCUCGCCAAGACAAGUUAAUAAAUAAACAAGUUAACCCUGCAGAUUGUAAACAGCAGUAAACCUUAUUUUAAUGUUAAAAAAUGAAUAAAACCCGAAAAUAAAAAAUAAACUUGGAAAUCAUGUCUACACUUUUUAUAGUAUAUUUAAGUUCCAAAUGGUUACUAUGUGAUCAUUCAAAUAUAAUAUAAAUGCUUAUUUUGUGUGUUACUAAAAUGUUAAAUGCAAAUAAAACUAUUUUUAUAUUAUCAUA